UUGAUAGAAUCCCUGUGGAUGCAGCUAGCGGAGAACUUGAAUGCAAUGCGUGGGCCCACCCGCACGGCAGCGAAGUGGAAAGAAACAUUAACCGGAUGGAAAAACCAACUGCGGAGCAGAGCACGAAGGGUCGUAGAGCAUACAAAGGCAACAGGCGGGGGACCACCGACAGCAGAUGUGUCCGAAUUCGAGCAACAAGCGCUGGAAACAUUUGGGGUGGCAGCAGUAUAUGGUCGCUCAAACAUGGACACGUUGGGGCAUGAGGAACCAACGUGCAACUCCCAACCAGUAGAAAUUGAUAUAAUUGAAACCGAGGUGGUCAUCCCCAAUGAUUUAGUUUUGUCCCCGAUGGCCGCAGGAGCUCAAGACUCUACACUGCUUCAAACACAACAGACUCCCGUUUCCGAAACACCUGGCUUAAAUGACACCCUUACUGCCUCAACAGGUAUAAAAGACCUCAAUGCACGAGUAAAAACAACGCAAGCUGUAGCAAGUUUAAAUGCUGCACUUCAUAGCCUUAAAGUUAAGGAUGAAAGAGAUGCUAGUUGCUACGCUUCAACAGCUGAACAGUUCAGUAAUUGA